UUUUUGUCUAAUAAUUAUUGAUGCUUUUGUUGAUUUUUGUUGAUUACUAGUUAUUAUUAAUAAGUUGAAAGUUUUGAUAUUGUAUAAGAGUAUAAAGGACUAAGAGAGGGGAACUUUUAAUGAGUUUUACGAAUAAAGGGUAUGAGAGGAUUUCCUUAUAUAAAGCUGUUUCAAAGGAUCUUGGCUGACAGUAUCUUGAAAUCACAACAUUGAACAUUUUAUGUUGUGUUCUAAGUAUUGUUGCAUAAAGCUAUUAAGAUGGUUAACUCUCAAAUCCUAAUUUUGUUCAUCUUAUCAUUGACCAUAACGAUAGUUAUGUGUCAAAUGUUUACGUAUAGUCAUGGCUGGACAAAUGGAAAAAGAUCCACAUCGUUGGAAGAACUUGUGAAUAGGAAUCCAAUUCAAUCGGACAAUGUUUUUGCCAACUGCGAGUUACAGAAAUUGAGAUUAUUGCUUCAAGGAAAUAUCAAUAAUCAACUGUUUCAAAUGCCUUGUGAACUGCUUAACUUUCCAAAAAGAAGCUUCUCCGAAAAUAUGAUCAACGAUCAUAGACAACCUGCUCCUACCGAUAAUAAUUAUUAAUAAUAUCAACAUUGUAAUUUUUAGUCGCAAAAGCUUAAUCGAUUACGCGUUAUUUAUCACCAAAUAAAGAAUAUCUUCAACGAA